CCCUUGCAGCAAAAUCUCCGAGUGUCUACAACCAAUCAUAAUCAGAAGGUUGCUUUUCGUGUCUUCGUUUCUCUCUAAGAGGUUCCUAGCUCAUAUUCAACAUGAUUGGAACAUUGACAGAGGAAGAAUUUGUAAUAGAGGCUCAACAAUUCCUGAAUUUAUCACAACAGCUACACGAUGGCUGGGAGCUUGUCAAAUCAAAAUCUGGAACGGUUUAUCUGAAAAAGCAAUUGAUGCAACCACUGGUCCUGCUGAAAAACGUUAACCUGGAAGAAGAUAAUCAAGAUGAAUUACUGGUAGACGAUCCGUCUUAUUCUACACAAACAUCCAUUUCCGAACUGUACCGAUUUGACUACCACGUAAUUUACAGUAUUAGCUAUCAGGUUCCAGUGCUCUACUUCAACGUGUAUAAAUCAGAUGGCACAGUACUGUCGCUUGAAGAAGCUUGGAGUGGGUUCCUAGCUCUCGAAAGCUCUGAACAAUUACAUCAAACGUUAACACAAAUGGAGCAUCCGGUACUUUUUAGGCCAUUCUUGGCCCUUCAUCCUUGUCAGACGGCACAGGUGCUGGGCAAUACAAGCAAAAGUAAAAACCGUAUAGUUUCCUUUAUAUCCUCUUACGGGCCGGUCGUAAAUCUGAACCUCAGUUUAGACUAUGCAGCUCUAGUGGACUAAUAAACCGUUUAGCUCGACAA